AUGUCAUUAGCCACCUUCACCACGACAUCCAUACACCAGCGCGAGCAGGUCAGUUGGAAAUCAGAGCAGACCGGGAUUCCGGCCAAAUUCCAGCCGACUUCAUCUGCCUCAUGGCGUCAAGACGUGCAUUUUUUAGGCGACAAGGACGGUAAAGUGCAGUUGCGGUGUCCUCCCCAAUUCGAGCAUCUCGAUGAUACACGCACGUACCUUAAACAGCACCUGACGGCGGCCUUUCGGGUCUUUGCCCGACAGGGAUUCGACGAGGGCGUUGCGGGCCAUAUCUCGCUGCGAGAUCCUGGCAACCCGGACACGUUCUGGAUCAAUCCUCUGUCGACGCAUUUCUCCCAAAUCCGGGUCAGUGACUUAGUCCUCGUUGGGGAGCAGGGCGAGGUGCUUCCCGGAGGAGCCCAGAGUGCCAUCAACGGCCCGGCAUUUGCCAUUCAUAGCGCCAUCCACCGCGCACGACCGGAUCUCAACGCCGCAUGUCAUGCGCAUAGCGUCUACGGGAAGGCUUUCAGUUGCUUCGGCCGCCCCAUCGAGAUGUUGUACCAGGAUGCCCUGCGCUUUUAUAAUGACUUGGCCGUGUAUCCUCGCUACGGAGGCACCGUCCUCACAGCCGAGGAGGGCGACCGAAUCGCGAAAGCGCUGGGGCCAACCUGCCGCAGUGUGAUCCUCCAGAAUCACGGCAUGAUCACCUGUGGCCGUACGGUCGACGAGGCUGCCUUCCUGUUCAUCGCACUGGAUCGAUGCUGCCAUGCGCAGCUGCUGGCAAACGCCGCUGUCUGCCCAGGCUUCGAGAAAAACUAUAUCCCCAGCGAACAGGCCGAAUUCGCCCACCGAAAGAGUGGCAAUUCAAAUAAAAUGUGGCUCGCCUUCCAACCAUAUUAUGACCAGGUAGUCAAAGAGGAACCCGAUUUGCUACAGUAG